AUGCUGGACACGGCAAGCGAGCACUCGAGUCUAGAUACCCUCAGUCUUGGUGGACGGUUGUCGCAGCUCUCUCGAGCCAAAGGAGCCGUGGCGCUCAAUAGCGUGCACCACGUGCGCAUGAAUACAACCUACGAGCUCGAGAAGCACGUGACUGUAUACGUACUCGACGUGUACUUGCAGGCCACACCGAGGGGUCUACCCAAGACAACGACGAUAAAAGGACGUCGGACCACGUACAGACAGAGCAGGCGUCCACGUCGGCGGGUCGAGGGGCACGAGAAAGAAGAAGAGGAGGAGGAGGAAGAAGGAAAUGGUCGUGCUGACUACCACGUAGAGCACCGCUACUCGGCCUUCCGCGAGCUGCGAGAACAUGUGGGCGAGGCAGUCGCAGCCCCCAAAGACAAGUCCCAUCCCUAUUGGUGUCCCUACUGUUCGCGUGUCCGGGAAGUGCUACGGUCAGUCUCGUUCCCCUCUCGAUGUCCCACCCGCGGCCGAUUGGCUCUUGUCACGGGGUUUCUAUACAAAACGCUAGUCCGCAGUCGCGAGCAGCGUCUCGGUGUGUUUAUUGACCAGCUACUGCACGCUGCUAGAGAUAUGUCCUAUCGGUCCGGGUGUGACCCUUGCGGCCGGUUUGAAGCCGUGUCGGGGCUAUUGAGUGACUUUAUAACACCAAUGACGAUGAUGACGAAGGAACGUAUGAGCCAGGACAAGAGCCCGGAUCCGGUAGCUUGUCGUAGCUGCUUCCUGCGAAGACCACCUCAUCCGCGGUUCGAGAGUGAAGAGGUCAAGACAGGCAUGCAAGAGAGCCCGGCGACGACUGUGUCGGGACCACGAUGUUCGCGUUUUCGCUAA